GUAUCCGUAUUAAUUAUCUCAUUCGAACUCCACAUUUUGAAACAAGAUUAUCGUAAGAUGUGUCUAUUGGCUUAAGCUUGUAAAUAUCAGAUUGUCGUGCAUCGAUCAGAAACUGCAUUUUUGUAUAAAACGAGCACAAACUAGAGAACAUGCCACAGAAUCUAGAAUAUUUCGUUGAGUUUGACACUAUAAGGGCAAACGUGUAAAAAGAUUCAUAGUGGAGGGAGGUGACUGUAAUUACCAAAUAUGAGGGGUUAUUUCAUAAUUUGAGAUUAACUCAGGGGUGGUUGUCCAAAUAAUGUAGUUCAUGUAUAGGUAAACAUUGAGUAACGUAAACUCAAUAUUGUGAUCCAAUUAAACCUCUAUAUAAAGUUCUGUUUUGGGUUCUGAAAAAUGAAAAUAAAUUGAAGUUAAAGAAGGAGAAAUAAUAAUGGCGAAAACUAGGGUUCUUAUAGUUGGCGGAACAGGAUACAUCGGAAAGAGGCUGGUGAAGGCUAGCCUGGCGGAGGGCCACCGGACUUUCAUUCUCCGGCGGCCGGAGAUAGGGUUGGACAUCGACAAGUUGCAGGUUCUGAUGGAAUUCAAGCGGCAGGGGGCAGAGCUGGUCGAGGGGUCGUUUUCCGAUCACCGGAGCUUGGUGGAAGCGGUGAAGAAAGUUGAUGUAGUGAUCUGCGCAAUCUCCGGUGUGCAUUUCAGGAGCCACAAUUUGCUGCUGCAGCUUAAGCUUGUUGACGCCAUUAAAGAAGCUGGAAAUGUUAAGCGUUUCUUGCCUUCGGAGUUUGGUGUGGAUCCAGCGCAAAUGGAGCAUGCACUUGCGCCCGGGAGAGUAACAUUCGACGAGAAAAUGACGGUCCGAAAGGCAAUCGAAGAAGCCAAAAUCCCGCACACUUACAUCUCCGCCAACUGCUUCGCCGGAUACUUUGUCGGAAACCUCUCUCAGAUGGAAACUCUUCUUCCUCCUAAACACAAAGCCUCCAUCUAUGGUGAUGGAAAUGUUAAAGUGGUGUUUAUGGAUGAAGAAGAUGUGGCAACGUACACCAUCAAGUCGAUAGACGACCCUCGUACGUUGAACAAGACAGUGUAUCUCCGGCCACCGGAAAACAUUCUUAGUCAAAGCGAGUUGGUCGGAAAAUGGGAGAAUCUUACCGGAAAGUCACUAGACAAGACCUGCAUCUCUAAAGAAGAGUUUCUAGCAAAUAUGGAAGGUGCCGAUUUUGUUAUGCAAGUUGGAUUAGGACAUUUCUAUCAUAUUUUCUUCGAGGGUUGCUUGACAAACUUCGAGAUCGGAGAAGAUGGAGAAGAAGCUUCUACACUUUAUCCAGAAGUCGAAUACACACGCAUGCACGACUACUUAAACCGCUACUUAGAUAUAUGACCAAUUUAAUACUUUUAUUCGAUCAAUUAUUGUCUACUAUAUCAAAGUAACAAAAAAAAACUCAUCUAUUUUGGAAUUGGUUAGCUUCAAGUACUGCUCGAUUAUUGAUGCCGAUGAAAUCAUAGCUACUUCUUGAAUUUAAAUCAAACUCGAUCGAAGGCCCUUCGGUUUCAAGCUUGA